AUGUGGCAUCUAAGCUGGCUUCCGUUGUUUCUCGGGGGUUGCGCAGCUUCUUACAAUGUGUGCGACGACACCAAGGUCGCUUCACUGCCGUUCUGCGAUUCGUUGCUGCCUCUAAACACUCGUGUGGACGAUUUAGGAACUCGAAUACCGCUGGAUCAGGCAGUUGGGCUCUUGGUGCACGGUGUGGCGCUAGCACCUGGAGUGACGUUCAAGGGACCCAUCACUGCAGCCACCAGUUUCCCACAGGUGCUGAGCACCGCGGCGUCGUUUAACCGCUCGUUGUUCUACCAGAUCGCCGAUGUAAUCUCCACUGAAGCUCGAGCGUUUAACAAUGCGAAGGAUGCGGGACUGACGUUCUGGACACCUAAUGUCAACAUCUUCCGUGACCCGAGAUGGGGGCGCGGACAAGAGACACCAGGAGAAGACCCGUACCUCACAGGGGAGUACGCAGUGGCCUUUGUGAGAGGCCUACAAGGCGAAGGAAUGGAAGGAAGAGAAGUCGAGAACACCAAGUUCUUGAAGAUAUCAAGCUGCUGUAAACACUUUUCAGCGUACUCGCAGGAGGUGCCGAGACACCGCAACAACGCGAUGGUCACCAAGCAAGAUCAAGCUGACACCUACUUUCCGGCAUUCGAAGACUGUGUGAAGCGAGGCCAUGCGCAGCCUUUUGCAAACAUCACGAAAGACUCAGUAGACACAACAACACAUCGGCAACUCGCACUGGAAGCUGCUCGUCAGAGCAUUGUAUUGCUCAAGAAUGACGAGUUGAACUCACGUUCCACGAACCGAGGGUUCGGACGAUUGUCUGAGGCCGAGGGCGAAGGACUGCGGCGCUUGCUUGCUCGCUUGCCCACAGCCGCGUCACCCGCUGAGCCGAUCACCUCGGAGGCCACCUAA